AUGUGGUUAGAAGAUAUCAUCAACUCCAUUGCACCCAGUGAAGGUCAUAACAUGGACUCAACAGAUGACAAGAACAUCAAUGAACUUCCUCAUGUUUCUUAUGAUUCUGGACUUGGAGGCAAGGAAAAUUUUCAUUAUUUUGGAAAGGAUGAUAUCCCUGAGGGAACUGGAGGUCAUAAAGUGCACAGUGAAGUAAUGGACCCUGCUAUAUUGUCAGCUGGAGAUGUACAUUUGGGAGUGGGGGAUACUAGAUCCAAAAGUUCAGAGGCAUCUGCUGACAACAACAAUGAUAAUAAUGGAGGUCAUGCUGAUAAUGAUGAAAAGGAGGAGGAAGAGAAAGAAGAGUUGAUGUUGAAGACCAGGAGGUCAGAUGGGAAGCUGCACAUCCUAGUAAGUAAUUUACUGUCACAAUUUUGA